AUGAAUGACUAUAAUAUUAUAUAGAACUGAGGUGAAAUUUGCAACGAUGAAUAGAAUAUUUAAAAAGUCAAGAUCCAUCUCGCCGUCAUUUGAAAUACCUAAAAUCUGCUUGCCGCGGCAGUCUGAGUGUAUUGACGAUGGUUACGAUUUAGAUGUUAGUAAAACUUUGAAAGUACCGAACGAAUCCAGGGUACGUUCUUCCAGCUUUGACUCAAGCUCAUUAAGACAGGAUUCGUUAACGAAGGAAUUACUACAUGUUCCAACCAAGCAGGGUCGUAGAUGUCAGUCGUUCGACUCUGCAUGUACACUUCAGAUGAGUCCCGCUACUUCUGACGAGAGCAUUUCAGAUGUUUCGCUAAGUAACUGGAGUUUGAAAGUUCCGAAGUACCAAGGGAGACGAUCCUCUUUAGACAUUCCAAAAUUAUGCAUACACUGUAUGCAUAUGGAAGCAAAGGCGCAGGAGAGUGUGGAACGGGAAGAGGCACUGAAGAUUUAUCAACCGGCAUCUGUAGGUGACGAGGACAGUGAUGGUUUCUCGUUUACAUCAAGUACAAGUUACACGUCAACAACGCAAGACUCUUUGUCAGACCCAUCAGGAUUUUAUUAUCUUAAUGACUCAGAAGAUGAAGGUAAUGAAUCAGAUUGCGAGGACAGUUUUGAUUCGCCUGAUUGUAAAGUUACCCAUAAUACCACUCAGUGUGAAACAUUUCCGAAUGUUUUUCACAGCAACGAUAGCAGUAUUAAUCCAGAGAAAAGGAGCAUCCUGGAUUUUCUCAAUGGACAUAAUCUACCACACAUUGAUAGUAAAGAUGAAGAAGAUCUUGAUGAUUUAGUUGAUGAUAUAACUGAUGAAGAUGAUGACAAUGAUGAUGAUGAGGAUUAUAUAAAUGCUGUUACAUUAACUGUUCCUAAUAUAAAACAACAACGUUCAUCUUCAAUGGAUGCUUGUUUUAUGAAAGAUUUAGGGACAUCUCCAGGAUCAAAACAAGUGCAAAGACAAAAGUCAUUUGACAAUGGCGAUAUGUUAGAUGUUCCAAUGCAGACUCGUUCUAGUUCUGUGGAUGUUAAUUUGCCGACUGAACAAGAGUCAUGCUAUGUAGCUAUACCACAUUCGGAUUCAAGGAAAGCCAUAUCAAAGAAUGCAUUGAACCAUUCAACAUAUCUUCAUCCGCACUAUGGCGAGAGUCAACCGUCAAGGAGACAGAUUAGUUCAUGUGUGGACUGGACGGAGCAUGCAGUUAACAGUGAGCAUAUUUGGUUAGACACAAAUGCCUCAGGGGAUUUCUGCUACGCCAUGGAACAGGACUGCAUCAAGACUGGUCCAAGGAAGAAAUGCAUGGCCUGCAAGAUUGUCACUCAUAUAGGAUGUAUUCCAAUCUUAGAAGUUCUCCAGAAUCCAGAUACAUGUAAUCAUCAACAGUUAAUGAGGCAUCAUUGGGUUCAUCGACGACGACAAGAUGGCAAAUGUAAACAGUGCGGAAAGUCAUUCCAGCAAAGAUUUACAUUUCAAAGCAAGGAGAUUAUAGCAAUAAGUUGUUCAUGGUGCAAAGCAGCCUACCACAACAAGAUAUCCUGUUUUAUGAUGCAACAGAUUGAAGAACAAUGUCCAAUGGGAGUACAUGCUGGAAUCAUAGUACCUCCAUCUUGGAUCAUUAAACUUCCAAAAAAGGGAUCAUUUAAAUCUUCUAUACGAAAGAAAAGUCGAAAAUCAUCACUGAAGCGUAAAAAGGGGAGUUGUAAAGAGACGAGUGAAGUUCACCGUCCAUUCAUCAUCAAACCUAUUCCAUCUCCAUUGCUCAAACCUCUUCUUGUCUUCAUCAACCCGAAAUCUGGUGGUAACCAAGGAGGAAAACUCCUCCAUAAGUUUUGUUGGUUGCUAAAUCCGAGACAAGUCUUUGAUCUGAGUAACGGCGGACCAAAAAUGGGGCUGGACCUCUACAAAAAAGUGCCUAAUCUACGAGUGUUGGUGUGUGGUGGGGAUGGCACAGCGGGCUGGAUCCUGAGUGCCAUUGAUACAUUAAACCUAUCAAACCCACCACCUGUAGCCAUAUUGCCUCUUGGCACAGGCAACGACUUGGCUCGAACCCUCAACUGGGGUGGGGGUUAUACGGACGAACCUAUCAGUAAGGUAUUAUGCAAUGUUGAAGAUGGCCAAGUGGUUCAACUAGACAGAUGGAAUGUCACAGUAACAGCAAACACACAUGCAGAGCCAGAACCCAUUGAAGAAGAGGUCAAGGAUAAAUUACCUCUUGACGUAUUCAACAAUUAUUUUAGUUUGGGUGCUGAUGCUCAUGUGGCCCUGGAGUUCCAUGAAUCUCGAGAGGCCAACCCAGAAAAGUUCAACAGUCGGUUCCGGAAUAAAAUGUUUUAUGCAGGGGCAGGGGGUCGUGAUAUGUUGAAAAGGAGUUGGAGAGGAUUCUCCGAACAGAUUAAACUCGUCUGUGAUGGUGUUGAUUUAACACAGAAGAUUGUGGAUAUGAAGCUUCAUUCUCUCUUAUUUCUCAACAUUCCAAGAUAUGCAAGUGGAACAGUUCCCUGGGGCAAUCCAAAUGCUGCAGGGUUUGAACCCCAGAAACAUGACGAUGGCUAUCUAGAAGUGAUAGGUUUUACAUACUCUUCUUUGGCAACUCUGCAGAUAGGUGGCCACGGCGAGAGGUUAGUGCAAUGUCGAGAAGUGAAAUUGACGACGACCAAACCAAUACCAAUGCAGCUGGACGGCGAACCUUGUCGCCUAGCGCCAUCUGUGAUACGAAUUAGUCUUCGUAACCAAGUGAAUAUGAUUAUGAAACCAAAGAGGCGGGGCUCUGUACCGAUAACCAAUGAUCCACCAUCAGUUACCAAGCGGCUCUGGCAUACAUUGUCAUUCGGUUAUGUUGCAAUGUGGCAUACAUUGUCAUUCGGUUAUGUUGCAAUGUUUGACGGGAACAAUAUUUAUUAUAUAAGUUGUAUAUUGGCAGCUGUACCGGUGGGAAUCAUUGUGGUGGACAACAACGCUAAUCUGGAGGAGGUUCGAACUCAUAUCAACAGACUUCAUGAGGAUCAUAUAGCCACGUUAGAGGCCACAGAUUCAACCCUUUCCUCACUCUCAUCUAAAUGGUGCUUCCUUGACUCAACAACGGCAGAGAGGUUUUUCCGAAUAGAUCGUUCUCAGGAAAACUUACACUACAUUACUGACAUAUCAUCAGAGGACCUUUACAUUCUUGACCCUGAAAUGGCCUCUAAAGGUCGUAACAACAACAACCUGGAGACCAUAGUGGACAAGAAUACAUCGGUUGUGAAGGAAAACAAUUUCACAUCUUCCAAAGAUAGUGAACUUGUUUUUACGUUCUCAAUGCCAGUGACGCCUCCGAAAUCUCCAAGAUUUGAGCAAACUCUCAUACGACCAGAAAGCACAGAAAACUUAUUAUCGCCACCUAACCAGCCUGGCUCAAAUAACAGCUCUGAGCCCGGCUCCCCGAAUGCUCCCAUUGUCACCCCUGCAAGACCCUUUCAUUUUACUACUACUGGAGAAAAACCAAAACCCCUUUCACCCGCUGACAAAAUGAUGAUUGAUGCUUCAAAAAGAGGCGACUUACGGAAGCUGGCGGAACUGCAUGAAGCUGGUGCUGAUCUUCUGUGCACUGAUCAGUAUGGUAUGACAGCAUUACAUCAUGCUGCAAGAUUUGGUCACAAAGAAAUUGUCAGAUACCUUGUAAAAAAUGCACCUCCUGUGAUAUUAGAUAUGGUGGACUAUGAAAAAGGUCAGACAGCAUUACACAAAGCUGCAUGGUAUCAACGAAGAACUAUAUGUUGUGUACUCGUGGAGGCACGGGCUUGUCUCACCAGGAAAGAUAACCAAGGAAACACGCCAAGAAUGCAGGCCUUGCGGGCAGACGACAGAGAAUUAGCCGCAUAUUUAGAAAGCCAGGAACACUUCCAGAUGGUCGUUUCCGAAGAUCAAGAAACCGCAGUGUGACACAUUCCCCGCUUAGAAUUUACAUGACGUCCUCGUCUCAGAGAAGCAAGCUCACAGAGUUUUAAGGAAGAAACUGCAGAGUGACACAUUCCCCGUUUAGAAUCUAAGCAACUUUGUCUUCUUACAAAAGCAAGCUCACAGAAUUUUAAAUGUGAUCUGUUGAAAUUUACCGACAGAUCGUAAACGUAUUUCUGUUGAUGCGUCAGUUUGUUUGUUAAGGAAUUUUGUUAUGUGUUAUUGCGUUAGCUUGUCAGUGCAUUGGUUUGUUGGUGCAUCAGUUUGUUGAUGUGUCAGUUUUUGGAGAAAAAAAAAAUUUUCAUGUGUAUUUUCGUAGUGUGGAAAGAAUAAAAAGUUUUCAGUUAAAUACUUACAUGUUUAACAGUGAUUGCUAGGAACAGCUAAAAAAUUAGUUCUCUGAAUAGCUCUUCUAGAGCAUUGAAUUUCAAAGCUUAGGGUAGAGAACAAAACUUUUAACCUCUGUGAUUUAGCACUUGUUAUUGCAUGGAAUUUCCAGCCUUUAGGUAAUGAGUUCAAUACCUGGAAAAAUUUCUAUUUUCUGUGAUGAUAUGAUUGGAACCAUUUUUAUUUAACAUCAUUUUGUCACUUGCCUGAAUUUCAUGUGGGGGAUACUUAUAGGUUAUUAGCUUUGUAUCGGGAAAUAUGCACAAGUUCUUCAGCGGAAAUAUUGCAUGACUUUAGGAGCGCAAUAUUGGCAUUCCCCUGAAAACGAGUGCAUAUUUUCCGAUGCAAAGAUAAUAACCUUUUUAUUACAUACGCAUCUACACGUAUAAAUAUAAUGUAAAUAUCAUAAAUAUGUUCAAUAGCCUGAGUAGGAUUGGCAAUACUGAAGAAAAUAGAAAAAAAUAGUGCAACAGCACACACUGAAUUCAAUACCAGUAUAAUUCAACGGGGAAUAGAAACGAGUAUGUAGUAAUGUCUGUUCCGAUUUAUAUCCCAAAGUUAAAAUGUUAUAAAACUUGUUUCGCGAUUUGCAAUGACAUUUGCAAUUGGACAGUUCUAAGACUCAGGCUCAGUAUGAACAAGUGAGAUGCUUGAUUAAAGUUUCCUAACCUUGGACCCAAAGUUUUGUAAUUAAUCCGCUGCCGUGGCGGAGAGAUUAUAGGAAUGGUCUGCGUCCGUCCUUCCGUCUGUAACAAAAUCGUGUCCUGUCCAUAUCUCCUAAACCCCUUGAAAGAUUUUCAUGAAACUUGGGUCAAAUGAUCACCUUAUCAAGACGAUGUGCAGAACCCAUGAGUCAGCCUUGUUGGUUCAAGGUCAAGGUCACAACUCAAGGUCAAAGGUUUGAGCCUGCCAUUUUGUGUCCGUUCUAUAUCUCCUAAACCCCUUGAAGGAAUUUUAUAAAACUUGGGUCAAAUGAUCAUCUCAUCAAGACGAUGUGCAGAACCCAUGAGUCAGCCAUGCCGGCUCAAGGUCAAGGUCACAACUGAAGGUCAAAUGUUUGAGCCUUCCAUUUUGUGUCCGCUCUAUAUCUCUUAAACCCCUUAAAGGAAUUUUAUAAAACUUGGGUCAAAUGAUCACCUCAUCAAGACGAUGUGCAGAACCCAUGAGUCGGUCAUGCCGGCUCAAGGUCAAGGUCACAACUUAGGGUCAAAGGUUUGAACCUUGCAUUUUGUGUCCGCUCUAUAUCUCCUAAACCCCUUGAAGGAUUUUCAUCAAACUUGGGUCAAACGAUCACCUCAUCAAGGCGAUGUGCAGAACUUAUGAGUCAGCCAUGCCGGUUCAAGGUCAAGGUCACAACUGAAGGUCAAAGGUUUGAGCCUUCCAUUUCGUGUCCGCUCUAUAUCUCCUAAACCCCUUGAAGGAAUUUUAUAAAACUUGGGUCAAAUGAUUACCUCCUCAGAACGAUGUGCAGAAAUUAUGAGUCAACCAUGCCAGCACAAGGUCAAGGUCACAACUAAGGGUCGAAGGUUUGAGCCUUCCAUUUGGUGUCCACUCUGUAUCUCCUUAACCCCUUGAAGGAUUUUCAUCAAACUUGGGUCAAAUGAUCACCUCAUCAAGAACUCAUGAGUCAGCCAUGUCAACUGAAGGUCAAGGUCACAACUGAAGGUCAAGGUCAAAGGUUUCAGCUCUGUAUCUUCUAAACCCCUUGAAGGAUUUUCAUGAAACUUUGGUCAAAUGAUCACCUCAUCAAGACGUUGUGCAGAAUUCAUGAGUCAGCCAUGUCAGUUCAAGGUCAAGGUCACAGCUAAAAUCAAAGGUUUUACCAUUUCACUAUCCAUAGCAGUGGUGGGGGAUUUAGCUGUCUUUCAGACUGCCUUGUUUACUCCUGUUACAAUAUGAUAUUAAGCUCAGAAUAGAUUGCGCAAUAACAAUUUCAAAUUUAAUAUUCGAGUUAUUAAUGGUGAAGAAAUACUAUCCAAAUGGAGAAAUUGCUUUUAGCAAUGAAACGGCAAAACAUGCCUCUUCUACUUAGGAGUGAACAAUAUCAUACAACUAGAAGGCAAAACAUUUGGGCUAUAUUUCUCCAAAAGAGUACUGUAUUUACAAUAAUUUAUAAAAUUGAAAAUGGCAGUUUAAAAGAAUUCCUGAUCAUUUUGUGGUUUUAGAAUUAAUUCUGUCUCUAUUCCUGUAGAAGCCAGUGUCCUUUUAAUAUAAUUUUGCUGAAUUAUUUUGCUACCUUAAUGGAUUUUCAUUCCAAAUCCCUGUAAAAAGGAUUUUAUGUCUUUUUACUGGCACAGUUUAUUUUCAUUAUUCACGAUUUUGUAGUUUUGAGUAAUAACAAAACUGUUUGAACAGCAUUUAAAUGCACAUGUUCACAAUUUAAGCAGAAAGUCUGUUCUUACGGUAGUGUGAUAAAGUAAAAUGAUAUAAUAGAAAAGAAAAAAUGAGACAGAAUGAAAGUGUACUGAAAUGAAUUUACAAUGGACAGGGUAAAAGUAUAAUUGCAAUGUAGAAAGAUCAGAUAAAAUGGCAGUGUGCACAGAAGUUACAAAAUGGCAAUAUACACAACCAAGAUAAAUAGGCAACACGAAUACUUGAGAUAAAAUUAAUAGGCAGUUUGAAUAUAUGAGAUUAAUAGGCAGUUUGAAUUAAAGAUAAAUAGGCAACAUGAAUACACGAGAUAAAUAGGCAGUUUGAAUGCAUGAGAUAAAUAGGCAACAUGUAUACAUGAAAUACAUGAGAUAAGUAGGCAGUUUGAAUACAUGAGAUAAAUAGGCAACAUGAAUACAUGAGAUAAAUAUACACAAGUUUAACAGGAAACAUACUAAAUUCAGAUAUAAUGAAAAAUGUACCUAACUUGCAGAUAAACGCAGCAAUAUUAUGUAGAAGUAAUCUAAAACUAAAAGAUAGUUGUACUGGCAGUUUACACAGUCAAAAAGAAUGGGAAUAUACUGAGUUUUGCACAAAUUUAUGACAUGAAAUACGUAUUGUACACAAUUUUAUGAAGCCAAAAGGGCUUUGCACAGUUGAGAUAAUUUGAAAAUCACCCUAAUGUGCAAUAAAAUAACACUCGGUAAUCUUCAAAAGAAGUAUAAGCAAAUGUGAUGUACUUGCAAAACACUUAGAUAAACACAAUUAUUAUAUUGGAAAUAUAAACAGCCAUUUGUUAACAUUAACUCGUACAUAUUUGAGCCGUGCCAUGAGAAAACCAACAUAUUGGCUUUGCGACCAGCAUGGAUCCAGACCAGCCUGCGCAUCCGCGCAGUCUGGUCAGGAUCCAUGCUGUUCGCUAACAGUUUCUCCAAUUCCAAUAGGCUUUAAAAGCGAACAGCAUGGAUCCUGACCAGACUGCGCGGAUGCGCAGGCUGGUCUGGAUCCAUGCUGGUCGCACACCCACUAUGUUGAUUUUCUCAUGGCACGGCUCAUUUUAUGAGCUGAGUUUUUUGUUUUAAUUAUUGGAAAUAUAAACUCGAGUUUCAGAAAUCUACUGACAGGAGAUUAGUUUAUUAGAUGCCUGUAACAGUUUUGAUGAAAGAAUAUUAAUAAUAAAUGCAUUCUAUCUCAGCAUUGCAUAGAAUACUCAUUCCACGCACUUGAAAAUUUUUACUUGACAGUUUUGAAAUGAGACGCUCGGGAGAUGUGCAUGAAUCCAGUCUGUUAAAUUUCACAGUUAUGCCAAAAUAAUCAAAUGGUUUGUCUAAAAUGAGAAUUUUAUUUACGAUGUGUUUUUUUGAUAUGUUCAUAUUAAGAUUAAUUUCAUGAAUGUCUCCGGUGCGCAAAACAAAAUCGGGCAAAAACUAAAAUGGAUUUCCAAGCUUUUUUCUGGUAUAGCCUGAUUGAAGUUUAUUAUAUGCAAGGCCGCAAAAAUCCGCGAGUUCUUAAAAUAGAUGCCCACAGGCAACAUGUCGAGCCCACCAGCUGUCAAAAGGACUGGGAGUUACAAAAAUGAUUGUAAAAAUGAUAGAAAUUUUUUAAAGCAAAAUAGUUCAGAGUGCUAAUCAGCAAGAAUUAAAGAUUUACAAACUUUACAUAGUGAUCUGAAAAACAAAAUUCAUAAAAUUAGGAAUACUAUCUCCCAAAAUAGAGAACCACCAGACAGAUGAAAGAAGUUCUUUUCAUUCAGUAAAAGAUGUUAUAUUUAUCUACCUUUCCUUGCAAAUAUUGUUUUGUCGUUUUGUGUUUGAUUUUCAGCGAAAUUUAAUAAAACAACAGUAAGAACGUAUUCUUUGAUAUUUGCAAUCAAGAAGACCCUAACCUGUACUGAAGAGUAUCCUCCAAACUUUUCUCAGCUAAAAAAAACUUGAAGCAGAUGCUAGCUAACUUUCAUAAAUAGGCAGACAAACAAAAUGCAAAUUUUUCAUUUCAAAUGCAGAGCUAGAUAUAUUUUAGUAAUUCAAGCAACAAUGUUAAGUGCUUACCCUACUUUUCCAUCCGAGCACAGGCAAAGUUUUCCAGUAUCCAUUCCUGUAAUGUGCUCAACAUGCAUAUAUUUUGAACCUCCUCACGAUGAAAAGGGUUAUUUAGGGACUGACCUACUUAGAGCUUCAGAGAGAAAGUAGAAAAAAAUACUGCGACAGAUAGAGGCUGUGAAUUGAAACCUUCAUCAGGAAACUGCAGAUCACCAAAUGCUCACUCCCUGACAGAGAUUUCACAAUAGUCUCGAUCCUACGUGCAGGGAGAGGGUGUUAAUGCUUCCCUUUUUUAGCUCAUCUGAUUUUUUGAAAAAAAAUGAUGAGUUAUUGUCAUCACUUGAGCGGUUGUCGGCGUCGGCGUCGGUGUCGGCGUCGGCGUCUGCGUCGGCGUUGCCUGGUUAAGUUUUAUGUUUAGGUCAGCUUUUCUCCUAAACUAUCAAAGCUAUUGCUUUGAAACUUGGAAUACUUGUUCACCAUCAUAAGCUGACCCUGUAUAGCAAGAAACAUAACUCCAUCUUGCUUUUUGCAAGAUUUAUGGCCCCUUUUGUACUUAGAAAAUAUCAGAUUUCUUGGUUAAGUUUUAUGUUUAGGUCAACUUUUCUCCUAAACUAUCAAAGCUAUUGCUUUGAAACUUGGAAUACUUGUUCACCAUCAUAAGCAGACCUGUACAUCAAGAAACAUAACUCCAUCUUGCUUUUUGCAAGAUUUAUUGCCCCUUUUGGACUUAGAAAAUCAGUUUUCUUGGUUAAGUUUUAUGUUUAGGUCAGCUUUUAUCCUAACUAUCAAAGCUAUUGCUUUAAAAACUUGCAACACUUGUUCACCAUCAUAAGUUGACCCUGUAUAGCAAGAAACAUAACUCUGUCCUGCUUUUUGCAAGAUUCAUGGCCCCUUUUGGACUUAGAAAAUAUCAGAUUUCUUGGUUAAGUUUUAUGUUUAGGUCAACUUUUCUCUUAAACUAUCAAAGCUAUUGCUUUGAAACUUGCAACACUUGUUCACCAUCAUAAGCUGACCCUGUACAGCAAGCAACAUAACUCCAUCCUGCUUUUUGCAAUAAUUAUUGCCCCUUUUGGGCUUAGAAAAUCAUUUUCUUGGUUGAGUAUUAUGUUUAAGUCAACUUUUCUCAUAAACUAUCAAAGCUAUUGCUUUAAAACUUGCAACAGUUUUUCACCAUCAUAAGUGGACACUGUACAUCAAGAAACAUAACUCUAUCCUGCUUUUUGCAAGAAUGAUGGCCCUUUUUAGACUUAGAAAAUCAUGGGUAGGACAAUAUUUCUAUUACACAAAAAAAAUCAGAUGAGCGUCAGCACCCGCAAGGCGGUGCUCUUGUUUAGGUUGAGUUUAUAGAACGAAAUAUUGUUCUCGUUUUGUUUUGUCACAGCAGUGUUUUGUUUGUGAAACAGAAAACAAUUUUGAAAAGUGGUUGUUACCAACAUACUGUUCUUGUUGUUUUGAAGUAAAAUCAUCCUGUCUGUAAACUUGUUUUGUUGUUUGUAAAAUGCUUCAUGUAAUAGUGAUCCCAAAAUGCAAUCUCAUCAAUAAAGAGAUUUAAAUGUCAAGGUCAGAGUGGUAAAAAAAAAUAAGCGGAUAAAAAAAAAAAAUUUAUAUAAACUUAUAAGUUUCAGUUUCUUCAUGUUCAACAAAAUCUUAUUUCAACACCUGUAGAAUGUUCAAAUAAUUUGCACAAUAUUUAUUUACAUUUAUUUAUAUGUUUAAUACCUUUCAAGAAAUAUCAAAAUAUCAAACAGACAUGUACAUGUUGUAUAAAUAAAGAGACUGAAAAUGUCUUUACCUUAUUAAUGUAAAGGUGACGUGUACCUUCUUUAAGGCACAUCUAAGCUUAGCUUGGGCUUUGCUUUUUAUUAUUGUUUGGUUGUGUUAGUGUAAUUUAUGAAAUUAUUUUCAAGACACUUGAACUUAAUGGAAUCUUUUUUUUUUUUUUUUUGCACCAAGUAUUGUUGGCCACAAGCAUAUUCUAAACAUUAUACGUUUUUGGAAGACAUGUAAUUUACACCAAGCAUAUUUAAAACCUCAUCAAUUUUGGGAUGACAAGACUGAAAUGUGGUCAGCUGAUUGUGACUUUGGAAAGGCUAGGUAUUGGAAUAAUGCCUGUUUAAAAUAUCUUCUUUGGAAAGACCUGCAACUGACUUAAAUCAUAUUCAAAACAUUGACUAAUCAAACAAUAAUUUGCAUCAAGCAUAUUUAAAAUUUUCAGUUAGCUUUGAAUAGACCUGUAAUAGGCAACAGGCAUAUUAAAAACAUGUCUUUGGAAAGAUCGGUAUAAAGUGACUCAAGGAAGAAAUGUUAUUGGCUAAAAGCAUAUUAAAAAUACUAUCUACAACACAAGUAGACCUGUAACUGGUUUAAAGCAUUUUUAAAACAUUAUUGACUGAAGGUUAGACCUUAAGGCACAUUCAUAACGUUUGCUACUUUAAAAAAAAAAACAACUACAUAUUGCAACAAUGCAUUUUCAAAGUAUCAUUUCCAAUACUUGAAAAUAGCAUAAAGUAAAAAAAAUAUGUAUAUAAACAUCAAUUUUACCCAGGGGAGUGUCACAAGUCCGUUGUUGAAAAAGGUCAAGAUUCCAAAUUUGAGGCUUUAGAUUAUUCUUUUUAGUACCAUGACAGUGUUCUUCAUUUUAUACAUUUAGACAUAUUACAGUUGUUUUCAUGUUUAUUUCAUUGUUGUUACCAUAAGAAUGGCUAUGUAUUGUUUUCAAUUUCAAAAUUAGAAAAUUCUAAUUUUCCUCAAAAUUAGAGAAUUCUAAUUUUACUGUUCCCAGUGCUCUUUUUAUGUGCAUUAUAAUACUGUACUUUGCCAGUAUGCAAACUGAAUAUUUUUUAUGUUGGCUCAACGGAGCUUAUUUUCAUACCUUGUAAUAAUUGACCUAUAUUCAUACAUAUCAUUGUGAAUUUUCCCCGUCAUCGAAACUGUUUGAAUAUAAUGCUUGAUGCAUUUUUUUUUCAACAUAUUGGUAUGACUUAUUUUUAUGUCACUCUUUUUUAUGAUUCGCAUUUUUUUCUUUGUUUUUUAAAGCGACAUUCCAUUAUUUUUGUUGUGUGAACAUUUUUUUUACAUAUGUCAUUGUGUAAGUUAUUAAAUAUUCAUUAAUAUCUGCAUAAUGAUUGUUGUGUCACUUAUAAUUCUACAAGUUACAGUUAAACGAGAACUAGGCCAGUAUUCACCACCAUUUUAAGUUACUGACUUAAAACUAGCAACAUUUCCAAUUCAGUGUUUAGCUAACAUACAGUUUGUUCACCAACCUGACAGAGAAUGUUUUCAGUUGUAACAUAUAGGCUUCCCAUUCUCUGUGUUUCUUAUCCAUCAUUCUGUUGAAAGUUGUCAGAAAAAAAUGUAUGUAUCUACCUGUUAUUAGUAAGUGUAUCUGUAAGGCUGAUUCAUGAUCAAAACUAUCACAAAUAGAAUACAGUGAAAUCUUUUAUUUUUGUCGGCAUGAAAAUUUUGUGAGGUUGGCAAAAAUGGCUGUUUUGUUGGGAUAUAUGUUUGUGGAUUUCAACUUAAAAAGAUAAAAUGAAUGGUACUUAUUUGGGAUGAAAGUUUGUGGAGUGGCAAAUUCACAGAACCAACAAAAAAUUGCCUGUCAAUAAUUUCUCAGUACCAAUUUGCAAGGUUGCACUUUAAGGGAAUAAAUUUUGUGGAGUGGCAAAACCACAUUAUCAACAAAAAUUUGUCUGAAUAUCAAUAAUUUCUCUGUAUCAGUGUUGUACUUUUAAGUGUUGGUGAAUACUGGCCUUUGUGAUUGUAAUAGCCAGCUCCUAUAUAAAGCUACACCAGUAAUUGCAAGCUAAAAAUAGCUAGUAAAUACAUGAUUCACAGAUAUAGUGAACUGUCAGAUAUAUAAAUAUGUUCACAUUUGCUCUUCAGUUGAUAUCAAUUAUAAAUGGAACCGAAGUUGUUAAGGGUAUGUUUAAUGGACUAGUCCAUCAUUUCAUUUGGGCAGUAUCACUUACUAUUUAAAGGGGAGUUGGCUGAAAAUUUACUGACUGAACAGUGAAUAGUGCAGACCGUGAUAAGCCUGCACAGAUGUGCAGGCAGAUCUUGGUGUCUGCACUGGUCGUAAAGGCAAAAUCACUUGCCGCCAGCAGGCUAAAGGUUAACUUCAGUUUGACAUAUCAAAAUUCAAAGCUGUUAAUUUAUUGAUCUAUUUUUACAGCCGCAUGACCCUUCAGUUAUUUUUUCUUCAGUAAAAUUUAGCUUUAUGCCGAGAAUCUUUAACAAAAAAUUUCAUGAAAUUUAACUUCUACAAAACAAUCGUUGUACAUUACCCUGAAACAGUUUAAACAGUAACAUCAGUAGUUAUGUUGUGUACAUUAGUUUUUAUCUAUUUUAUAGUAUCUUAAUAUUUAAAUGAUGUUUUUUUAGCAACAUCUUUAUUAAUUUUAUAGACUAGGACCAAAAAAAGUACGGGACAUGUGUAAUGAAAGUGACUCACUGACAUAGUAUCGGCUGAUUGAAAUCUACAGCAUUUUAUUGUAAACUGUGUGAUGUAGAAUAAGGAAAUGUAUGGAAUAUACCAUACUUAUUUUUUAUUGAUGCACUCCUAUACAGUACGCCACAUGUUCAUAAUGCCUAAAGGACCAGAACUGAUGCUUUUGAUACAUAUGAGCCACGCCAUGGGAAUGCGCAGGCUGGUCUGGAUCCAUGCUGGUCGCAAACCCACUAUGUUGGUUUUCUCAUGGCGCGGCUCAUAUAAUUUUCAUCUUGUGAUAUUGUGUUUUAUAGUAAAGCUAAAUUUGUGAAUGUAAACAUUUUGCAGUUUAGCUUAUCUCCAAAUUUGAAUUUGCAUUUACAUAUGUUGGCAGAAUUCAGCUGUUUAUCACUAUAUUUUUCACUUUUAAACCUUACCCUUCUAAAUUUUAAUUAUGAACUUGUCAAACUUUCAAUUUGGACAGUAUCAUUAACUAUUAAAAGGGGUGCUUACCAAAAAGACUGAAUGGCGAACAGUGCAGAUCGAAUGCACGAAUGUGCAAGCUGAUCAUGAUUCACACUGGUCGCAAAACCAGAAUCAGUUGUGUACAGCAUGGUAAGGAUUAAAAAUUCACCACAUAGUAGAUUGUAACCCUCAAGAUCCCAUUGCAAAGACUAGCAUAAUAAAACUGUAGUUCAUGUUCUAAACUGCUGCAGCAGCUUCAGUGUCACAAAAAAAUGACUUUGCAAGACAUUGUGGAUAUCACAACAGGUGGCAGCCCUUUUUUUUUUUGACAAUUUCCUAUGGUUUAAAAGAAGAUUAUAGGUAUUUUUGAAUGAAUAAGAUCUAAUAGACUUUGAACCAUGGCUAUCCUUAAACUAUUCGUAUAAGAAACAGACAGUAGUAAUAUCAACUGUACUGUAAAAUCAUUAAUAUUUGUGGGGCACUAAUUUUUGUGGAUAUUGUGGUUGAGUGAAUCCAAAAAAUCAAAUUCCAAUGAACAAAUAAAUUUCACCUUCAUCUUAUUCCAAGUUAGAAUCCUACAAAUUCAUACCCCCAUGAAAUAGCCGUUUUGAUCUAAACUAAGAGAAUUUCUUGCCCAUGAAAUUAAAUGCUUUCCCAGUAUCUCGCUAUAUAAGCAAGUAUCUGACAGUAUGUGUUGACAUCAUGUUCAGCAGCCAGCCAAGCAAGUGAGCAACACAAUUUGCUUGUGAAGGCAGGUGGAUGCUUAAGGCAGGUUGAAAUUGAAACCAAAAGUCAAUUCAGGAAGUUAGCAGAGUGGUUCUAUAAGGCAAGCAACGCUCAACUAACUCACUAAAGCAGGUUCAUCUGUACAUCUUACUUACUUGUUGAUAAGGCGGAAAAAAAAGUGAUUAUUGUUUAUGCUGCGGCAGUUUCUAGGUAAUGUCCUGAUAUAGUGUGAAAAUUAAUUAAUCUUGGGGAAAGAUAAUCAGUUUACAAUGAGGUGAAAAACAACAUGCUUUUAUUUUUGUGAUUUCGUGUUUUUGGGCCACAAUUCGAGCAGAAUCUGUCUUUAAAACGAAAGUGCUGUUCUGUUGUAAUAUCCACCAAGGAGAGUGCACUAUGUAAACACAAGUCCCCCCCAAGGACUGUAAUAUAUUCAGACAUGCAAGAUCAUUUUGUAUUAAUUAACCAUUUAUAUUGUUUCUUUUAUUUGUCUCUUGAUUAUAUCAUUCAACUUGCACCUUUGUUAAUUAUUAAGGAAUAUUUUUCUCAUAUUUAUUUAUAGAAAUAUCAUUGAAUAUAAAAAAUAAAAGAUUGAAAUCUUA